GAAAGAGUUUCUCACUCAGACUCGACUCCAUUUAUUGGAGUGUUCGGAAAAUUAAAAACAAAAAUCUUUAAGGCAGAAACGGUGAUUAAUGUCACACAACAAGGACUAGUGACUAAAGGAGAAUGAUUUUCUUUAUUAUAAAUGACUUUAUAUCAGAAUAAUGCGGAUAUAUUAUGAAUAAAACUCGUGUAAAAUCAGCUGUAGGAAAUCUGCUGCGCGUGACUGCUACAGCAUGAGUGUGAUCUAUUCCAGUAGAAGAGAUCAGACUCUUCAGGACUCAGCUGUGUGUUUGUAGAAACUUUACUAAUAUUCAGAGAUGGAGACUCCUGAUCUGGACACAGAUAAUGUUUCUCCACCAUCAAACAACUGUAAACUCCAGGGAGAGAGAUCAGAAUCACCAGCACCCAGCUGUAUCUCCAUGAAGAGUGAUGAGUCUAUGCAUCAUCCUCUGAGGUUUAAAGUUGGAGACUCCUCACUUCUACACAGGUUUCCUUCAGGUUCUCCGGUUUCCUCCCACCUCCCAAACACAUGCCAUGUUCUACAGAAGGCAGGAGACAGAACAGAAGUGGUCAUCACAGAUACAGGGAACCACCCAGAAUCUGCUGCUGUAAAUGAAGUCCAGAAAAAGUUCAGAUUAAAUCUGAUGAAGAAGUUUCAGUGUUUGAAUGGAGUGAUGAUAAACCUGGGAACCCAAACACUCCUGAAUGACAUCUACACAGAGCUCUACAUCACAGAGGGAGACAGUGGAGAAGUCAAUAAUGAACAUGAGGUGAGACAGAUGGAGGCAGCGUCCAGGAGAACAACAACAGAGGAAACACCAAUCAAAUGUAAUGACAUCUUUAAGCCUUUAUCUGAACAAGACAAACCCAUCAGAUCUGUGCUGACAAAGGGAGUCGCUGGCAUCGGAAAAACAGUCUCUGUGCAGAAGUUCAUUCUGGACUGGGCUGAAGGGAAAGCCAAUCAGGACGUCCACCUCAUAUUUCCACUUCCUUUCAGAGAGCUGAAUUUGAUGAAGGACCAGAAACUGAGUCUGAUGGAGCUUCUUCAUGUCUGUUUUAAGGAAACUAAAGAAACAGAAAUGUCCAGUUUGGAAAAGGUUCUGUUCAUUUUUGACGGAUUGGACGAGUGUCGUUUUCCUCUAGAUUUCCAGAACACAGUGAGAGUGUGUGAUGUAACUGAAUCAGCAUCAGUGCAGGAGCUGCUGAUAAACCUGAUCAAAGGGAAUCUGCUUCCCUCUGCUCUCAUCUGGAUCACCUCCCGACCUGCAGCAGCUGAUCAAAUCCCCUCUGAGUGUGUGCAUCGAGUCACAGAGGUACGAGGGUUCAGUGACCCACAGAAGGAGGAGUACUUCAGGAAGAGAAUCAGUGACCAGAGCCUGGCCAAUAACAUCAUCACACACCUGAAGUCAUUAAGAAGCCUCUACAUCAUGUGCCACAUCCCAGUCUUCUGCUGGAUUUCAGCCACUGUUCUAGAGAGAAUGUUGGGUGAAGCAGAGAGUGGAGAGAUCCCCAAGACUCUGACUCAAAUGUACACACACUUCCUCAUCAUUCAGACAAACAUCAUAAGAGAAAAAUACUCCAAGAAGCAGGAGAGUGAUGAAGAAAUGCUUCUUAAACUGGGACAACUGGCUUUUCAGCAGCUGAAGAAAGGGAACCUGAUCUUCUAUGAGGAAGACCUGAGAGAGUGUGACAUUGAUGUGAGAGAAGCAGCAGUGUACUCAGGUGUGUGUACACAGAUCUUCAGAGAGGAGUUUGGGCUUCACCAGAGUAAAGUGUACUGCUUUGUUCAUCUGACCAUUCAGGAGCAUCUCGCAGCUUUGUAUGUGCACCUGACCUUCAUGAAGGAGAAGAGAAAUGUUCUUAUGAAGAAUCAGGAGAGAAAACAAAUUACAAUCUCAGCUGUACACAAGAAUGCUGUAGAUCAGAUUUUAGAAAGUCGGACUGGACAUCUGGAUCUUUUCCUUCGCUUUCUUCUGGGUCUCUCACUGGAGUCCAAUCAGAAACUCUUACAUGCUUUAGUAACACAGACAGGAAGUAGCUCCCAGAGCAUGAAGGAAACCGUUCAGUACAUUAAGAAGAAGAUCAGUGAAGAUCUUCCUACAGAGAAAUCCAUCAAUCUGUUCCACUGUCUGAAUGAACUGGGUGAUGAUUCUCUAGUGGAGGAAAUCCAACACUACCUGAAAUCUGGAAAACAAAGUGACCUCUCUUCUUCACAGUGGUCUGCUCUGGUGUUUGUGUUACUGACCUCAGCACAGGAGCUAGAAGAAUUUGACCUAAGUAAAUAUUUCAGUACAGAUAAGAUAACAGAAACUGUUGUUCUGAAGAUGAUGCCUGUGAUUGCAGCAUCCAGAAAAGCAAUUAUCAGCUGUGAUUCACUUGGAGUGAAAAGUUGGUCAGCUCUGGACUCAGCACUCAGAUCAGAAACCUCCAGUCUGAGAGAACUGCAUCUGACUGUGAAAACACUGGAUCUGACCUGGUAUAAACUAGGAGUCUCAGUAGUGAAGAGUCUCUCUGCUGUACUGGAGAAUCCUCACUGUAAAGUGGAGACACUGGGGUUGCGUGAUUGUGGAGUCUCAGAUGAAGUCUGUGCUGCUCUGACUUCAGCUCUGAGAUCAAACCCCUCACACCUGAGAGACCUGAAUCUGUCCUUUAAUAAUCUAGGAGACUCAGGAGUGAAGAGUCUCUCUGCUGUACUGGAGAAUCCUCACUGUAAACUGGAGACACUGAGGUUGUAUAAUUGUGGUGUCUCAGAUGAAGGCUGUGCUGCUCUGACUUCAGCUCUGAGAUCAAACCCUUCAUACUUCAGAUACCUGAAUCUGUCCUGGAAUAAUCUAGGAGACUCAGGAGUGAAGAGUCUCUCUGCUGUACUGGAGAAUCCUCACUGUAAACUGGAGAAACUGGGGUUGUGGGAGUGUGGUGUCUCAGAUGAAGGCUGUGCUGCUCUGACUUCAGCUCUGAGAUCAAACCCCUCACACCUGAGAGAACUGAAUCUGUCCAGGAAUAAUCUAGGAGACUCAGGAGUGAAGAGUCUCUCUGCUGUACUGGAGAAUCCUCAUUGUAAACUGGAGACACUGAGGUUGUGUAAGUGUGGUGUCUCAGAUGAAGGCUGUGCUGCUCUGACUUCAGCUCUGAGAUCAAACCCCUCACACCUGAGAUACCUGAAUCUGUCCUGGAAUAAACUAGGAGACUUAGGAGUGAAGCGUCUCUCUGCUGUACUGGAGAAUCCUCACUGUAAACUGGAGAAACUGAGGUUGAGUGGUUGUGGAGUCUCAGAUGAAGGCUGUGCUGCUCUGACUUCAGCUCUGAGAUCAAACCCCUCACACCUGAGAUACCUGAAUCUGUCUGAUAAUAAACUAGGAGACUUGGGAAAGAAGCUGCUCUCUGCUCUUAAGGAUGAUGAACAUUACAAACUACAGACUCUGAUAUAUUUCGCCUGGUACCACCAUUGCCAUCCAGCACGCGCUGCGUUUACUUCAUGAUGAGCUCACUACCGCUCAAGGUACCAAUGGAGCGAAGAUUGACCACAACAAUCUAGGGUGCGUCUCUGCCAUUGAUUGGUCCAAGUUUGGAAAGCCUGGUACCGCAGAGAAAGCCUGCCAGACUGACAUCAUUGAUACAACUACUUGUUCUUCAAAGCCCUUGCAGCCUGUGUGCAAGGCCCGUGACAGGCCAACAUGCCGUGUUAAACCUUAUAUUGUUCUUAAGCUCAAACGACCUAACGAAUAAACCUUACCUGAGAACUCACUCCUGCUGUCCCCCUGAUUAUUUCACACAUACCUUAU